AUGAAAUACCUGCCUAUUCUAAGUCGACUAUUGAUUGUUGGGACAUUCUAUGAAGAUGCUUUACGAACAUUCUGGCAGUGGGAAGAUCAGGCAUUUUAUCUUCAAAGGGUUCGACAUAUCCCCAAGGCUGUAACACUUACAUUUUUAGCCGUCAAUUUAUCUUGCAUGACAAUAUUUGCAACAUGUGUAGUAUUAAAGAAUCGAAUUGGAUUAUCAACUGCAGUAUUAGUGGCUUUAAGUUUAUGUCAAGCAUUUGCAUUUGGGUUAUUAAAUGAUGUGAUGGUUCUGUUGCGAACUCUAUCAGUAACAGGUGGUCUACUGUUAUGCAUGACAGAGUCCUUGAAUCAAAAGAAGUCAAGAAACUUAAUGUUUGCUUCUCUUCCUCAACUGUCACCCAUAGAUAAACACAAAUAUCAUCAGCUCGCCGGUCGUAUCCUUCUUGUCUUUCUAUGUCUUGGCUUUAUUCUCAAUGGUGAGUGGAGUAUGUUACGCAGAGUUAUCCUAUUCGUCGGAUUGGCUGCAUGCGCCAUGAUAAUUAUCGGAUUUCAAGCCAGAUGGUCAGCCACACUGUUGGUUGCCUUACUCUGUAUCAUCAAUCUCCUUGUCAAUAACUGGUGGUCUUCAGCACAUAGGUCCCAUCAAAGAGAAUUUCUCAAAUAUGAUUUCUUUCAAUGUCUCAGUAUCACCGGAGGCUUACUCUCUCUCCUCUCUGUAGGACCUGGUAGACUCAGUUAUGACGGAAAAAGAAAAAAGGAAAUUUGA